CUGAGCCCCCUAUGGGGGUCGGCAGGCAGCAGAGAGGACCCUUUCAAGGCGUUCGCGUGAAGAACUCAGUGAAGGAGCUCCUGCUGCACAUCCGAAGCCAUAAACAGAAGGCUUCUGGCCAGGCUGUGGAUGAUUUUAAGACACAAAGUGUGCACACGGAGGGGUUCACAGAACUGAAGAACACAGGAUCGUACAGUGGGAAAAGGAAAGGCCUUGAUUUCCUGUCUGAUGGACCAGCUUGCAAAAGGCCAGCCCCGCUACAUACCCAGUUUUUGACACCACCUCAGACACCUACCCCUGGUGAGAGCAUGGAAGAUGUUCCCCACCGGGAGCCUAAACCGGACAGCAGCGGCGACCUGCUGCAGAGCAUUAUGAACCUUAAGAACGAAUGUAGCUCGGUUUCCCUGAACACAGUCCAGGUUAGCUGGAUGAGCCCAGUGCUGCCGCAGAGCGCGCCCCGGGAGCAGUGUCAGGACUUCCGUGGAGGGCAGGUGUCCUCUUCACCGCAGAAGUACCAAGCGUUCCAGGUCAGCGGCUCUCCGCAGGUGAUGGACCAGGCCCCCCCGUACCGGUACUGUCCACAGAGCCAGAGCGUGGAGCAGCAGCAGCAGUACGUGCACAGCCCGUGUCUGGAAUACAGUCCUUACUUUGGAACGUCCCAGUCCCCCAGCUAUGAGCCAAAUCUCUUCGACAGUCAAGAGCCACAGUUCUUCCCGAACCAGAGUUUCACGUCUCUCCUGAGUGGUCACGGCGAUCCCGAGAGUGGGGCUGCUCCCGUUCGGACGUCCCCCCGCGUCCUGCAGCAGGGUGACGCUGCCCUGCAGAACUUGGGCCCGGCGCCGGACAGCGCCUGCCGCGCCUCCGUGAACGCCUCGCUGCCCUUCCCGAGCGCCUUCGGGAGCCCCGUGAGCACCGCUCAGCUGGGGAAGUCGUUUUUUCAGUGGCAGGUAGAGCAAGAAGAAAGCAAGCUGGCAAACGUUCCCCAGGACCAGUUUCUUUCCAGGGAUGCAGACGGCGACACGUUUCUCCAUAUUGCGGUGGCCCAAGGCAGAAGAGCCCUUUCCUAUGUUCUUGCAAGGAAGAUGAAUGCGCUGCACAUGCUGGACGUUAAAGAGCACAACGGACAGAGCGCCUUCCAGGUGGCAGUGGCCGCCAACCAGCAUCUCAUCGUGCAAGAUCUGGUGAACCUCGGGGCCCAGGUGAACACCACGGACUACUGGGGACGAACCCCGCUGCACGUCUGUGCCGAGAAGGGCCACUCCCAGGUGCUUCAGGCGAUUCAGAAGGGAGCGCUGAGGAGCAAUCAGCUUGUGGAUCUCGAGGCAACUAACUAUGACGGCCUGACGCCGCUCCACUGCGCGGUCCUGGCGCACAAUGGCGUGGUGCACGAGCUGCAGAGGAACCAGCAGCCCCGCUCGCCCGAAGUGCAGGAGCUCCUGCUGAGGAACAAGAGUCUGGUGGACACCAUCAAGUGUCUGCUUCACAUGGGCGCUUCCGUGGAGGCGAAGGACCGCAAAAGUGGCCGCACAGCCCUGCACUUGGCCGCUGAAGAGGCGAACCUGGAGCUCAUCCGCCUCUUCUUGGAGCUGCCCAGCUGCCUGUCUUUCGUGAAUGCAAAGGCUUACAACGGCAACACCGCGCUGCACGUGGCGGCCAGCCUGCAGCACCGGGUGGCGCAGCUGGACGCCGUCCGCCUGCUGAUGCGGAAGGGCGCGGACCCGAGUACCCGCAACCUGGAGAACGAGCAGCCCGCGCAUUUGGUUCCCGACGGCCCUGUGGGCGAGCAGAUCCGACGUAUCCUGAAGGGAAAGUGCAUUCAGCAGAGAGCAGCACCGUAUUAGCUCCACUGUUCGGAGCCGGUCGGCCACACUCACUGUCAGUUAGGCAGUCCUCACGUAUCUGUACAUAGACCAUUUGCCUUGUACUGGCAAAUGUAAGUUGUUUCUAUGAAACAAACAUAUUUAGUUCACUAUUAUAUAGUGGGUUAUAUUAAAAGAAAAGAAGAAAAAUGUCUCAUUUCUUUUGGCAGAUUUUGCAUAUUUCAUACCCAAGUAUUUGGGAUCUGGACAUUUGAAUUUGAUGAGUGGGAAAAUCCUUAAAUUAACAGUAGUGUUUGGGUAGGAAAAGACUUUGAUUUGUGGUGUAAGGCACUGCUCACAGAGCUGCUGCCAGUUGCAAAGCAGAGGAACUCCGAAUGUUUCUUUAAGAAAAAUGAAAGCGUUUGAAAGGGAAAAAAAUAAUCCAGGUAUAGGGGUUAGGCUUGUUUUGGGCCGAUGCAAUACCUGGCAGUUACUGGCACUGACAAAUUUGUAGUUACCGGGCUGGAUGAGAGGCAUCUGUAGUUAGGAUUUGACCUUCGCAAACUGUUUAAAUUGUUAUUUUUUGUUUUUAAAAAUGUUGUACAUAUUUGGUCAGUUACAUGGACAUUUGAAAUGUGUACAGCAAUAAAUGGAAAAGAAGUGAAUUGUCACUACUUUUUAAAAUUGUACACAUUCGAAGGAGCUAUUAUCGUGUAAUCACCCAGCUAAAAUCUUCGUAGAUAAGGCAAAUGGGGACUUGCUCCCUAAUUAGCUGAAAGAACUACUGAUGUGUUUGAAUUGUACAUAUGCUUCUUCUCAUGGACUGAACUGAGACACAUUACUUGUAGAUUAUUGCAUGCUUUUGAAGAGAACCUCUAUGAGUUACUCACCUUCUAGAAAUUAUAAAUUCUUGUGAAAUUUUGCUUUUUAUGUUGAAGCAGAUCUUCCUAUUUUCUGUUUUCAAUGGUCAUGUUUCAUGAUUAUAUUAUUAUUUUAAAAUGUUUUAUUUUUAAAAUGUUAAUUCUAUUAACAUUGUUUUGCUUACCUCUGGUAUGCCCCAAGGAAUGUAUUUGGCUUUGAUUGUACACUAAUUGUUUGUGAUAAAUAUAAUUAAUUAAAAAUCUUUUUAAAAAAUGA